UUCUUAACCAAUCUUCUUCACACCCAAAAAUAAAUAAAUCAUCCUCUCUUACAUUCUCUCUCUAUAUCUUUUUUUCUCUCACAGGACAUUUGACUAACAAAACAGAACAGAAUGUGUAAAACAAGUUCUGUCAGAGAUGAAGUUACAACACCUUUACUACCAAAACUCUCUCACCACGACAAACCACAUUUACUUAAAAACCACUCUCCCCCUCUCUCCCUCUUCGCGAACGAAGCAAUCUCAAUAGCCAAAAUAUCUCUCCCACUAGUCUUCACAGGUCUCCUCCUCUACUUCCGCUCCUUCGUCUCUCUCUUCUUCCUCGGCGGCCUCGGCCGCCCCACUCUCGCCGGAGGCUCCCUAGCCCUCGCAUUCGCCAACAUAACCGGUUACUCUCUCUUCUCCGGUUUAACCAUGGGCGUCGAAUCAAUCUGCUCCCAAGCCUUCGGCGCAAAACGCUAUAACCUAGUCCAUUCCACGAUCCGGCGAGGAGUCGUCCUCCUCCUCCUCACAUCUCUCCCCGUCUCACUUCUCUGGAUCAACAUCGUGAAGAUUCUCGAAAUGCUGAAACAGGACGAGGAUCUCGCCUCCGAAGCUCACACUUUCCUUCUUUACUCUGUUCCCGACCUCCUCGCACAGUCUUUCUUACACCCUUUGAGAGUUUACCUCAGGACACAGUCAAAGACUCUGCCUUUAUCGAUCUGCACGGCCGUCGCGAGUGUGUUACACUUGCCCAUCACGUUUCUCCUCGUGUCCUAUCUCGGGUUCGGUAUUAAAGGUAUCGCCUUGAGCGGCGUCGUUUCGAAUUUCAACCUCGUCCUCUUUCUCUUCGUCUACAUACGUUUCUUGGAAGACAAGAAACGUAUCGACGAAGAGGUUUUAGAAGAGGAGGAGGAGGUUGGAGAUGGUAUGAGAGAGUGGAAGAAGCUGCUCGCUCUAGCCUUACCGAGCUGUGUGUCCGUUUGUCUCGAGUGGUGGUGCUAUGAGAUUAUGAUUCUGCUUUGUGGGUUUCUCGUAAACCCUAAAGCGACCGUUGCUUCGAUGGGGAUACUCAUCCAGAUCACUUCUCUCGUCUACAUCUUCCCUAGCUCUCUAAGCUUCGGAGUCUCGACUCGUGUCGGAAACGAGUUAGGUUCGAACCGACCGAAGAGAGCGAGGAGAGCGGCUGUUGUCGGGCUCGGUCUCAGCAUCGCCCUAGGGUUCACUGCCCUCGCGUUCACCGUCUCGGUCAGGAACAUAUGGGCUAGGCUUUUCACGGACGAUGAGGAGAUCGUUAGGUCGACUCUGAUGGCUCUGCCGAUCGUUGGCCUUUGCGAGCUCGGAAACUGCCCUCAGACGACGGGAUGCGGCGUUCUUAGAGGGUCGGCGAGGCCGAGGAUCGGAGCUAACGUUAAUAUGGCGGCGUUUUAUGUGGUCGGGAUGCCGGUGGGAGUGGUUUUGGCGUUUUGGUUUGGGUUUGGGUUCAGGGGACUUUGGCUAGGGAUGCUCGCGGCGCAGAUGUCGUGUGUUAUUGGUAUGAUGGUGGCGACGUGUAGGACUAACUGGGAGCUGGAGGCUGAAAGGGCUAAGGAGCUAACGGCUGUGGAUGGAGUAAGCAGUGGUGAUGGUGUAGAUGUGGAGGUUGGGAAGGUUGAUAAAUAGGGAGGAUGAGUGAUAUAGAAGAUUUGCUCUGUUUCAUGACUUUCUCUCGGAUUAACUGAUAACUUUGUUCUUUAAUUGGAUCGAAAGCAUUAAAUGAUUAUUAAUGUAAGUUUUGUAGGAUAAUGGUAUCAUCAUCCCAGAGAUUAGUCGUUACAAAAUUUGGUGUAUACAUUGCAGUUGUAAACUUUAAUAUCAAUCACGAGAAACAUUUUUUUUUCUA